GAUCUCCUCCUCCUCCUCCUCCUCCUCACCGCAAGGCUCCUUUCCCCUUCAUCCCAAGGCUUCCACGCAGACGAAACCCACGUCCAUCUCCCAAUCCCCAAAUCCAGAAAUCCGCUUUGCUUCUUCGAUAGAGUUUGCGAUUUGAUUGCGUGGAGCCUUCGCGAUCGUCUCGCCCUCGCGCGGCCGCAUCUCUUUGGUUUAAUUUGAUCUGAUUCUUCUGCCUCAUCCGGCCCCGGGGCGCUCCUGCUUGGAGAGGAGGAGGUGCUGGUGCUGGUGCUGGUUGUUCGGCCAUGGCGACCUCGACGGCGACGGCGUUGGCGCCGAGCUGGUGGGACGACGUGAACAACUCGCCGCUGUGGCAGGACCGCACCUUCUUCGCCCUUGCCGUGCUCUACGGCGCCGUCUCGUUCGUGGCCCUGGUCCAAUUGAUCAGAAUUGAAUGUAGAGUACCUGAGUACGGAUGGACGACUCAGAAGGUGUUCCAUUUCCUGAAUUUUAUUGUCAAUGGAGUGCGGUCAAUCGUGUUUGUGCUCCGGCGAAAUGUGCAACUUGUACAGCCUGAGAUAUUUCAACAUGUGCUCAUUGAUUUUCCGGGCCUUGCAUUCUUCACGACCUAUGCUCUUUUAGUGCUCUUCUGGGCUGAGAUUUACUAUCAGGCACGUGCAAUGUCAACUGAUGGGCUCAGACCAGCCUUUUAUACGAUUAAUGGAGUGGUCUAUGCAAUUCAGAUUGUACUUUGGCUGGUGAUGUGGUGGAAACCAGUUCAUGAAAUGGCCAUCUUGUCUAAGAUGUUCUUUGCAGCGACGUCAUUAUUUGCUGCCCUUGGAUUUCUUCUCUAUGGAGGGAGGCUAUUCCUGAUGUUACAGCGUUUCCCAGUUGAAUCGAAAGGAAGGCGUAAAAAGUUGAAUGAGGUUGGAUAUGUGACUACCAUAUGUUUUUCUGGCUUCUUGAUCAGAUGUGUAAUGAUGUGCUUCAAUGCGUUCGAUAAAGAGGCUGAUCUUGAUGUUCUGAAUCAUCCAAUCCUAAAUUUCUUCUACUACUUGAGGCUUGGCCAUUUUAGUUUAUGUUCACAUUGAGGAAAUCGUUUGUUACAUGUUUUUAACUGGUGUGCCAGCAAACAAGGAAUAAGGCCAGAAUAUAAUAUAAGCUUGUGAAAGAUAUUUAUCUUUUGCCUUGUUUGUACCCAAUUGGAACAUGGGGCUAGGGAUGCUACUGGGUGGUCCAGCCGGCGAGCCUGCAUCAGCGUACAGGCCAAUUUUGCAGGCUAACCCAUGGGCUGCCCUGCAAAAGUGGCCUAUAUGAGCACAUACAGGCCGGUUUGCAUCCCUACAUGGGGCUGGGUUUGUUGAUAUCCUAAAUUCGUAAUCAAGUAGCUGUGUUUAUAAAAAGUGCUGAACUAAAAAUGUAGUUGAGAAUGGGACUUGAAAGAAAAAUUGUUUUGAUACACUAGCAAAAUGACUGUACGUUGCUACGAAAUUAAAAAAAUUCACAUCGACAUCCUCCUUUGUUGUGUUGUUUCAAAUAUACCCAGACCAAUAAUUGUACUUACUGAGACGCUUUGUUGAUAGCAUUCACUUUUCU